UUAGGAUGGUGAAAGUGAAAGAGAAAGUGAAAGUGGUAUUCCUACAUCCCGACCUGGGGAUAGGAGGCGCUGAGCGGCUUGUUAUAGAUAUGGCUCUAGCUCUGCUCAACAAGAAACACGAUGUGACCAUCUACACCACACACCACGACCCUUCCCACUGCUUCUCAGAGACUAAAGAUGGAUCUGUUCAAGUGGUUUCUAAAUUUGAUUGGAUGCCUAGAAAGUUAUUAGGCAAAUGUUAUGCUCUGUGUGCUGUAAUGAGAAUGAUAUUUCUAGCAAUGUUUGUGAGACUCUUUGUAACAGCUGAUGUUUACAUUGUAGAUCAGGUGUCGGUGUGUGUGCCUUUCUUAAAGGUUCUGUCAAGUAAAAAAGUGCUGUUUUACUGUCACUAUCCUGAUUUGCUCCUCACACGACGUGACAAUGUCUUAAAGCUGCUGUAUAGAAAGCCACUGGACUAUCUGGAGGGGUUGACUACCUCAAUGGCUGACAAGAUAUUUGUUAAUUCAUUAUACACAAAGGGAGUAGUCACGGAAACGUUCAGUCAUGUUCAACAGUGUGAGGUGUUGUACCCAUCAUUAAACACUAGCAAGUUUGAAAAUGGAUAUGAGAUUGUGUGUACAGAUAUCGUGCCUAACUCUGCUGAAUUUGUCUUUCUGUCCCUUAACAGAUAUGAGCGUAAGAAAAACAUUAAUCUGGCCCUUGAAGCUAUGUCCUUUGUAAAGAAGCAUUGCAACGAGUUUGAAAAAUGUCAUCUAAUAGUUGCUGGUGGAUAUGAUAGUCGAGUGGUUGAGAAUGUUACACAUCACUUGGAACUAGAACAAUCUUCACAAGAACUAGAAAUCCAUGAUAAGACAACCUUUCUGAGGUCCAUCUCAGAUGAAACGAAACUCUAUCUUCUGAGGAAUUGCACAGCUCUACUCUACACGCCCUCAAACGAGCACUUUGGUAUUGUGCCUGUUGAGAGUAUGUACUGUUCCAUGCCUGUUGUUGCUGUAAACAGUGGGGGGCCUCUGGAAACUGUCCAGCAUGAUGUUACUGGUUUCUUGUGUGAUCCACGUCCUGAGAAAUUUGGGGAGGCGAUGCUGAAGUUUAUCGGACAGAGUGAGUUGAAGGGUAGGAUGGGAGGUGCUGGCAAGAAGAGAGUGCAGGAUUUGUUUUCUUUUGCAGCUUUUACAGAAAAACUCCAUUCGACUGUCAUGGAGCUGUCCUGAAUUAUUUUACUUAUUUAAUUUUUAAUUUAGGAAAAUUAGAGUAAUUCGAUCUUAAUCUUAUGUUGAUUAUUUUAAUUUAUUUCGCUCACGUUUUAAUGGUGACAAUCAGAGUCGUUUUGUUUGUGUUUUAUGUUCACAAAACUAUUGCUCAAUUGAUUUUAUCAUAUUAUGUAGAUGGUAUUAAUCUAUUAUAAUUUGUUGUGUAAUGUUACUUGGUAUUUUUUUGUUCAAUCUAUUCCAAAUGAUAAGUGCAAGAUGUGUUUUACCGAAAAUUUAUUUAUCUUAAUUCAAUGAAUUAUUUGUUUUAGUAGUAGUAGCAGCUUACAGAGAUCAUAAAUAAUAAAGUAUUCUGCUGUUAUGAUGAUAACCUUCAUUGUUCGGAUCAGUAAAUAUGUUGAAACACUUUAAUUAUUAA